AUGAGUGCAAAGUUUAUUAAAGAUAUCUAUGAAAAGAAGUUCCUUGUCAUCCUCACGUCUGCUGAAAAUAUAGAAAUGUCAUCAAAAGAACUUGGUGAACGUGAAUUCCAACCAAUAUUAGAUCCUCACCGCUCUAAAUUGCUUGGCGAGAUUAAAGAUAAAUUUCGGAUGCAAUUUAAGAAAUUUUCUUUUUCAUAUGUGUGUGAAGCGUUGAUAGAUGAUAAGGAAGCUAUAGUUGUCUUCAUGGAUCAAUCAGAAGAGACAUCUGUACACUUACCAGCAAAAUUUGAAGGCUUCCCUGUAUUCAUCUCUUAUGAAGUUUUUCAACUUGGAUAG